GUCUCAGCAACCAAACACAUUUUGACUACCCAGGCCGGGCAGGUGGACGACUCACCCCCUGGAUCAGCCCGAGCGGAGAGGAGAGGCGGUUUGCAGAUUGAUUGAGGAGGUCGAAUAUCAGUCCCGCCGGCGAUCAGAUCGCCACGGCCACAAUAACCAUAGGAAACCUAGCAGGCACAUCGUCGUCCCCGCUCGCAGUUUCUCCUUGGCGCCGCCGUCCAUCUGACUGCUCCGUAAGCCCGCGCUUCAGUGGAGAUGCAGAGGACGGUGGAUUUCAAGCUCCCCCACUUCUUCAACUACCCACCCUACUUUACUUUGCAGCCCGUGAGAGAAACACGCGAAAAGCAAGUGCAGCUAUGGAAAGAGCUGAUACUUGAUUACUGUAGAAGUCAAAAGAUGUAUAUAAUCUCCCUGGAAGAAGAUUUUCCGUUGUUUUCCAAUCAAAAGAUUGAGAGAUCUCUAAGUUAUGAAGCAAAGGAAGUGUUCCUUGCAGCUCUUGUUAGUGAAGGGCGCGCAGAGUGGAUUGACAAAAGUCACAAGAAGUGUCUCAUUCUUUGGCUGCGAAUUCAAGAUUGGGCUAACUAUAUAUUAGACUUCGUAAAGGAAAAUGGGUUGGAAGUAACAACAAUUGAAGAUCUACGCUCUGGAAUUGAAACACAUGGGACCGAACUUGCGGGAAUUGAUCGUGGUGUCCUCAUGCGAGCUUUGAGGCUGUUGGAACAGAAGGGAAAGGCAGUUAUCUUUAAGGGCACGUCAGCAGACGAUGAAGGCGUGAAAUUUUCUGCCUAAACUUUGUUUGCACUAACAGAUGAACAACCUUGAUCGGUGUCCUUGAACGUGAUACAACCCUUCUUACCCGUACACCGAUCACAUCCUUCUGGCGUAUUUAUCGGCAUCAUUGAAACCUCAGUAUGUAUUUGCCGUAUUUGUAUUUCUCGGACUGUUGUAAUUAGCCUUCUGUUCAUCUUCAGCAUAUUUUAUAUACCUAUGAAACCGCA